AUGGAUGUGAAAUAGCUUUGCUUUUCUGUUUUUUUUGUUUUGUAGAUGCAUAAAAAAAAGUUUGAAUCUUUUGAGUUUUAGUUUAUUUGGAAGCCGAUGAUUAAUAAAGAACCAUUUAUUUAAAAUAUUCCAUCACACCAUGUUCACUAUAUUCACUAUGUUCACCAUUGCUUUGUAAUUUGUUUAUAUAUUAAAUUCCUCUGUCUGUUCUCCUCUACCCCUGUCCUGUCUGUUCUCCUCUACCCCUGUCCUUUCUGUUCUCCUCUACCCCUGUCCUGUCUGUUCUCCUCUACCCCUGUCUUUUCUGUUCUCCUCUACCCCUGUCCUGUCUGUUCUCCUCUACCCCUGUCCUGUCUGUUCUCCUCUACCCCUGUCUUUUCUGUUCUCCUCUACCCCUGUCCUUUCUGUUCUCCUCUACCCCUGUCCUGUCUGUUCUCCUCUACCCCUGUCCUGUCUGUUCUCCUCUACCCCUGUCCUGUCUGUUCUCCUCUACCCCUGUCCUUUCUGUUCUCCUCUGCCCCUGUCCUGUCUGUUCUCCUCUACCCCUGUCCUUUCUGUUCUCUUUGCCCCUGUCCUGUCUGUUCUCCUCUACCCCUGUCCGUUCUGUUCUCCUCUACCCCUGUCCUUUCUGUUCUCUUUGCCCCUGUCCUGUCUGUUCUCCUCUGUCCCUGUCCGUUUUGUUCUCCUCUUCCUCUGUCCUUUCUGUUCUCCUCUGCCCCUGUCCUGUCUGUUCUCCUCUACCCCUGUCCUGUCUGUUCUCCUCUACCCCUGUCCUGUCUGUUCUCCUCUACCCCUGUCCUGUCUGUUCUCCUCUACCCCUGUCCUGUCUGUUCUCCUUGCCCCUGUCCUGUCUGUUCUCCUCUACCCCUGUCCUGUCUGUUCUCCUCUGCCCCUGUCCUGUCUGUUCUCCUCUACCCCUGUCCUGUCUGUUCCUUACCCCUGUCCGUUCUGUUCUCCUCUACCCCUGUCCUUCUGUUCUCCUCUACCCCUGUCCUUCUGUUCUCCUCUACCCCUGUCCUGUCUGUUCUCCUCUACCCCUGUCCUGUCUGUUCUCCUCUACCCCUGUCCUGUCUGUUCUCCUCUACCCCUGUCCUGUCUGUUCUCCUCUACCCCUGUCUUUCCCUACCCCUGUCCUGUCUGUUCUCCUCUAACCCCGUCCCUGUCUGUUCUCCUCUACCCCUGUCCUGUCUGUUCUCCUCUACCCCUGUCCUGUCUGUUCUCCUCUACCCCUGUCCUGUCUGUUCUCCUCUACCCCUGUCCUUUCUGUUCUCCUCUACCCCUGUCCUGUCUGUUCUCCUCUACCCCUGUCCUUUCUGUUCUCCUUUGCCCCUGUCCGUUCUGUUCUCUUUGCCCCUGUCCUGUCUGUUCUCCUCUACCCCUGUCCUUUCUGUUCUCUUUGCCCCUGUCCUGUCUGUUCUCCUCUACCCCUGUCCGUUCUGUUCUCCUCUACCCCUGUCCUUUCUGUUCUCUUUGCCCCUGUCCUGUCUGUUCUCCUCUGUCCCUGUCCUUUCUGUUCUCCUCUGCCCCUGUCCUGUCUGUUCUCCUCUACCCCUGUCCUGUCUGUUCUCCUCUACCCCUGUCCUGUCUGUUCUCCUCUACCCCUGUCCUGUCUGUUCUCCUCUACCCCUGUCCUGUCUGUUCUCCUUGCCCCUUCCUGUCUGUUCUCCCUCUACCCCUGUCCGUCUGUUCUCCUCUUGCCCCUGUCCUGUCUGUUCUCCUCUACCCCCUGUCCUGUCGUUCUCCUCUACCCCUGUCCUGUCUGUUCUCCUCUACCCCUGUCCGUUUGUUCUCCUCUACCCCUGUCCUGUCUGUUCUUCCUCUGCCCCCUGUCCUUUCUGUUCUCCUCUACCCCUGUCCUGUCUGUUCUCCUCUACCCCUGUCUGUCUGUUCUCCUCUACCCCUGUCCUGUCUGUUUCUCCUCUACCCUGUCCCUGUCUGUUCUCCUCUACCCCUGUCCUGUCUGUUCUCCUCUACCCCCUGUCCUGUCUGUUUCUCCUCUGCCUGUCCGUCUGUUCUCUUACCCCUGUCCUGUCUGUUCUCCUCUACCCCUGUCCUGUCUGUUCUCCUCUACCCUGUCCUUUCUGUCUCCUCUACCCCCUGUCCUUGUCUGUUCUCCUCUACCCCUGUCCUUUUGUUUCCUUUGCCCCUGUCGUUCUGUUCUCUUGCCCCGUCCUGUCUGUUCUCCUCUACCCCUGUCCUUUCUGUUCUCUUUGUCCCUGUCCUGUCUGUUCUCCUCUACCCCUGUCCUGUCUGUUCUCCUCUACCCCUGUCCUGUCUGUUCUCCUCUACCCCUGUCCGUUCUGUUCUCCUCUACCCUGUCCUGUCUGUUCUCCUCUACCCCUGUCCGUUUGUUCUCUUUGCCCCUGUCGUUCUGUUCUCCUCUACCCCUGUCCUGUCUGGUUCCUCCCUCUACCCCUGUCCGUUCUGUUCUCCUCUACCCUGUCCUGUUGUUCUCCUCUACCCCUGUCCGUUCUGUUCUCUUUGCCCUGUCCUGUCUGUUCUCCUCUACCCCUGUCCUGUCUGUUCUCCUCUACCCCUGUCCUUUCUGUUCUCUCUAACCUCUGUCCUGUCUGUCUCCUCUACCCCUGUCCUUCUAGUUCUCCUCUGCCCCUGUCCUUUCUGUUCUCCUCUACCCCUGUCCUGUCUGUUCUCCUCUGCCCCUGUCCUGUCUGUUCUCCUCUACCCCUGUCCUGUCUGUUCUCCUCUGCCCCUGUCCUGUCUGUUCUCCUCUACCCCUGUCCUGUCUGUUCUCCUCUACCCCUGUCCAUUCUGUUCUCCUUGCCCCUGUCCUGUCUGUUCUCCUCUGCCCCUGUCCUUUCUGUUCUCCUCUACCCCUGUCCUUUCUGUUCUCCUUGCCCCUGUCCUGUCUGUUCUCCUCUACCCCUGUCCUGUCUGUUCUCCUUGCCCCUGUCCUUUCUGUUCUCCUCUACCCCUGUCCUGUCUGUUCUCCUCUGCCCCUGUCCUGUCUGUUCUCCUCUACCCCUGUCCUUUCUGUUCUCCUCUACCCCUGUCCUUUCUGUUCUCCUCUACCCCUGUCCUGUCUGUUCUCCUUGCCCCUGUCCUGUCUGUUCUCCUCUACCCCUGUCCUGUCUGUUCUCCUCUACCCCUGUCCUUUCUGUUCUCCUCUACCCCUGUCCUGUCUGUUCUCCUCUACCCCUGUCCUGUCUGUUCUCUUUGCCCCUGUCCUGUCUGUUCUCCUCUGCCCCUGUCCUGUCUGUUCUCCUCUACCCCUGUCCUGUCUGUUCUCCUCUACCCCUGUCCUGUCUGUUCUCUUUGCCCCUGUCCUGUCUGUUCUCCUUGACCCUGUCCUUUCUGUUCUCCUCUACCCCUGUCCUGUCUGUUCUCCUCUACCCCUGUCCUGUCUGUUCUCCUCUACCCCUGUCCUGUCUGUUCUCCUCUACCCCACAUGUCGAACUCAUUCCACAAUGGGCUGAGUUUCCGCGGGUUUUCGCUCCACCCUUGUACUUGGUUGAUGAAUUAAGGUCACUGAUUAGUAAGGAACUUAAUUGAAAGGAAAAACCAAAAACCCGCAGACACUCGGCCCUCCAUGGAAUGAGUUUGACACCCCUGCUCUACCCCCUUUGUCAUUCCCACUUGCUCCUCUCCUCUGAAUGGUAUCGAAAGCUAUGUUUGUUCAGGGUGGGAUGUUGGGAUUAGUUAAUACCCAUUUCCUGUGCAGCAUUUUGGGGUAUUUUGCUUAGCCAUUUUCCAUCACCCCCUAUCCUUUAAAUGAAAUGUCUGUUCUCCUUCCCCCUGUCCUUUAAACACUGUCAAUGUUCAUCUCUCUGGUUCUCAUUCCCCCACUUCCAUAUUCUGUCUCCCAUUUUGCUCAGUAGUUUCUCUCUGGGUUCUACUAGUAGUCAGUUCUCACCCCACUUUGCUGUUUCCUGUUUUUCUCUUCUUUUUUCUCUUUUAUAUUUAAAGGUGAUGUGUAACAACUUGCCAAUCAGCAUUAAUGGUCAUUUCCUGCGCUGGGUUCCUUCUCACCUUUUAGUAUUUAGCUCAUUCAGUGAGGGGAAAAAAGUAUUUGAUCCCCUGCUAAUUUUGUACGUUUGCCCACUGACAAAGAAAUGAUCAGUCUAUAAUUUUAAUGGUAGGUUUAUUUGAACAGUGAGAGACAGAAUAACAACAAAAAAAUCCAGAAAAACGCAUGUCAAAAAUUUUAUGAAUUGAUUUGCAUUUUAAUGAGGGAAAUAAGUAUUUGACCCCUCUGCAAAACAUGACUUAGUACUUGGUGGCAAAACCCUUGUUGGCAAUCACAGAGGUCAGACGUUUCUUGUAGUUGGCCACCAGGUUUGCACACAUCUCAGGAGGGAUUUUGUCCCACUCCUCUUUGCAGAUCUUCUCCAAGUCAUUAAGGUUUCGAGGCUGACGUUUGGCAACUCGAACCUUGAGCUCCCUCCACAGAUCUUCUAUGGGAUUAAGGUCUGGAGACUGGCUAGGCCACUCCAGGACCUUAAUGUGCUUCUUCUUGAGCCACUCCUUUGUUGCCUUGGCCGUGUGUUUUGGGUCAUUGUCAAGCUGGAAUACCCAUCCACAACCCAUUUUCAAUGCCCUGGCUGAGGGAAGGAGGUUCUCACCCAAGAUUUGACGGUACAUGGCCCCGUUCAUCGUCCCUUUAAUGCAGUGAAGUUGUCCUGUCCCCUUAGCAGAAAAACACCCCCAAAGCAUAAUGUUUCCACCUCCAUGUUUGACGGUGGGGAUGGUGUUCUUGGGGUCAUAGGCAGGAUUCCUCCUCCUCCAAACACGGCGAGUUGAGUUGAUGCCAAAGAGCUCCAUUUUGGUCUCAUCUGACCACAACACUUUCAGCCAGUUCUCCUCUGAAUCAUUCAGAUGUUCAUUGGCAAACUUCAGACGGGCAUGUAUAUGUGCUUUCUUGAGCAGGGGGACCUUGCGGGCGCUGCAGGAUUUCAGUCCUUCACGGCAUAGUGUGUUACCAAUUGUUUUCUUGGUGACUAUGGUCCCAGCUGCCUUGAGAUCACUGACAAGAUCCUCCCGUGUAGUUCUGGGCUGAUUCCUCACCGUUCUCAUGAUCAUUGCAACUCCACGAGGUGAGAUCUUGCAUGGAGCCCCAGGCCGAGGGAGAUUGACAGUUCUUUUGUGUUUCUUCCAUUUGCGAAUAAUCGCACCAACUGUUGUCACCUUAAUAAUAUAAUAAUAAUAAUAUGCCAUUUAGCAGACGCUUUUAUCCAAAGCGACUUAGUCAUUUGUGCAUUUUUGUGUAUGGGUGGUCCCAGGGAUCGAACCCACUACCUUGGCGUUACAAGCGCCGUGCUCCAUUCCAGCCUUGUGUAGGUCUACAAUCUUGUCCCUGACAUCCUUGGAGAGCACUUUGGUCUUGGCCAUGGUGGAGAGUUUGGAAUCUGAUUGAUUGAUUGCUUCUGUGGACAGGUGUCUUUUAUACAGGUAACAAGCUGAGAUUAGGAGCACUCCCUUUAAGAGUGUGCUCCUAAUUUUAGCUCGUUACCUGUAUAAAAGACACCUGGGAGCCAGAAAUCUUUCUGAUUGAGAGGGGGUCAAAUACUUAUUUCCCUCAUUAAAAUGCAAAUCAAUUUAUAACAUUUUUGACAUGUGUUUUUCUGGAUUUUUUUUUUGUUAUUCUGUCUCUCACUGUUCAAAUAAACCUACCAUUCAAAUUAUAGACUGAUCAUUUCUUUGUCAGUGGGCAAACGUACAAAAUCAGCAGGGGAUUAAAUAUUUUUUUCCCUCACUGUAUCGGCUUCCAGUGCGCUCUCCUCUCCACUAGGUGGCGCAUUUCAUACAUCUGACUCACCAUUGCGUCAUCUCACUGAAGACGGGGCUUCAGGAGUACUGUACUAUUCCAAUGCGCCCCCAUGCAGUGCUGGGUGCAUUCAUGGUGCAUGGGCGGCAGUAUGUUUUUUAAAGAGCACAUAGCUCAAGGUUUUUGGCUUUGCAGUUUAUAAAGAAAAUUGAUCAUAUUGUGAGACCAAGGAGUGUUGGUUUUAAUUACAGUACAGUACUCCUGAGUGGCGCAGUGGUCUAAGGCUGUGCCACUAGAGAUCCUGGUUCAAAUCCAGGCUCUGUCGCAGCCGGCCGCGACCGGGAGACCAAUGGGGCGGCGCACAAUUGGCCCAGCGUCGUCCAGGGUAGGGGAGGGAAUGGCCGGCAGGGAUGUAGCUCAGUUGAUAGAGCAUGGCGUUUGCAACGCCAGGGUUUUGGGUUCGAUUCCCACGGGUGGCCAGUAUAAAAAAAUAUGUAUUCACUAACUGUAAGUCGCUCUGGAUAAGAGUGUCUGCUAAAUGACUAAAAUGUAAAUGUAAAUGUAAUUACGUUAUGAUCCAUUGACCAGAGGAAGUCUUAUUUGCUGUUAGAUAAAGAUAUUGAAUGCUUGAUAUACAAUAUAUUACAUGGAAAGGUAAUACGCUUGUUUUUAAAAGAGCUGUAAUAUUAGAGAAGAAACAUUUUGGGUUGGAAAACUUUUUUUAUUUUUUUUUGCUAACGGGGCAGGAGUUUCAAUGUUGGAAUUGUCGUCAAUGGCUUUCAGGCCAAUAUUAAAUGACUUGUUUUAUGACAAGGCUUUAAGAUAAUGAUUCAGAGCUGUAAUGUAGACCGUCUGAAAUGUUUAUAAAAUAUGCAUUUUGGAGGCAAGCUUUGCUUACAUGCUUCAGACAGUACAGUAGAGCAAUUAAAAGAUAGAACAAUGCAUCAACUUUAAGAUCAAUUGUUUUGGGGAUCAUUGCAGGUCUUAAUAUUACUGUCCUGAAUGAUACCAAUUUCACCCGACCCUACUCUGUUCGUAGGGUGGGUAAACGUUCUGCUUCCAAUGUUGGUCAGAUCAUUAAUUUGGUAAAAUCAUUACUGUUAUUGAGACAUCACCACCAACAAUCUACUGUAACUAUCUACAUCAAUCUUAUUUCUUUUGACCUAUUUUAUUUUAAGAACUAGGGCAAUAUAGAUAUUGUAAUAAUGUAAAAUGUUUUUAUUUUCUUUCAACCAAUCAGGGACGUUUUUUCCUUCAUGCGCUGUCGCUGGGUAGAAUACAAGGCCACGUUCAGUUUCCAAACGUUGUCGAACGUUGCAGAUAGAAAUGCCAUGAAUAGAGCUGAUGUGAGGUCUUAUUCUAUAGUAUGAAAAAUGUUUGCACUCACUAACUGUAAGUGGCUCUGGAUAAGAGCGUCUGCUAAAUGACGAAAAUGUAAAAUGUAAAAAUGUCAAUAGCAAGGAAGAAGUUUCUGUAACCUUUACUGAAAAUGUUGUUGCUUUUCAGCUACUUGCCUAUUUAUUUUAGCAUUUUAAAAUACAAAAUAAAUGUAUUUUAAUGAAAUACAAUACUUUGCAAAAGUAUCUUAUAUUUUAUUUUGAUACAUUGGUCUUUAGGGUAUUUAGGUGUUAACGCCCAUCCCUACAUCGAUCCAAUCCCUUCAGAUCUUCAGACGAGUGACUGGUCCAUCUGGGUUUGGGUCACAUUUGAGUGACUGAGUGACUGAGUAUUAGCCCACUGAGCUAAAGUCUAGUUAUUGUGUAAAAAAACAUGAUUGUGUGUGUGUGUGUGUGUGUGUGUGUGUGUUUGAGUUACAGUGGGGGAAAAAUAGUAUUUAGUCAGCCACCAAUUGUGCAAGUUCUCCCACUUACAAAGAUGAGAGAGGCCUGUAAUUUUCAUCAUAGGUACACGUCAACUAUGACAGACAAAAUGAGGAAAACAAAUCCAGAAAAUCACAUUGUAGGAUUUUUUAUGAAUUUAUUUGCAAAUUAUGGUGGAAAAUAAGUAUUUGGUCACCUACAAACAAGCAAGAUUUCUGGCUCUCACAGACCUGUAACUUCUUCUUUAAGAGGCUCCUCUGUCCUCCACUCGUUACCUGUAUUAAUGGCACCUGUUUGAACUUGUUGUCAGUAUAAAAGACACCUGUCCACAACCUCAAACAGUCACACUCCAAACUCCACUAUGGCCAAGACCAAAGAACUGUCAAAGGACACCAGAAACAAAAUUGUAGACCUGCACCAGGCUGGGAAGACUGAAUCUGCACUAGGUAAGCAGCUUGGUUUGGAGCAAUUAUUAGGAAAUGGAAGACAUACAAGACCACUGAUAAUCUCCCUCAAUCUGGGGCUCCACGCAAGAUCUCACCCCGUGGGGUCAAAAUGAUCACAAGAACGGUGAGCAAAAAUCCCAGAACCACACGGGGGGACCUAGUGAAUGACCUGCAGAGAGCUGGGACCAAAGUAACAAAGCCUACCAUCAGUAACACACUACGCCGCCAGGGACUCAAAUCCUGCAGUGCCAGACGUGUCCCCCUGCUUAAGCCAGUACAUGUCCAGGCCCGUCUGAAGUUUGCUAGAGUGCAUUUGGAUGAUCCAGAAGAGGAUUGGGAGAAUGUCAUAUGGUCAGAUGAAACCAAAAUAUAACUUUUUGGUAAAAACUCAACUCGUCGUGUUUGGAGGACAAAGAAUGCUGAGUUGCAUCCAAAGAACACCAUACCUACUGUGAAGCAUGGGGGUGGAAACAUCAUGCUUUGGGGCUGUUUUUCUGCAAAGGGACCAGGACGACUGAUCCGUGUAAAGGAAAGAAUGAAUGGGGCCAUGUAUCGUGAGAUUUUGAGUGAAAACCUCCUUCCAUCAGCAAGGGCAUUGAAGAUGAAACGUGGCUGGGUCUUUCAGCAUGACAAUGAUCCCAAACACACCGCCCGGGCAAUGAAGGAGUGGCUUCGUAAGAAGCAUUUCAAGGUUCUGGAGUGGCCUAGCCAGUCUCCAGAUCUCAACCCCAUAGAAAAUCUUUGGAGGGAGUUGAAAGUCUGUGUUGCCCAGCGACAGCCCCAAAACAUCACUGCUCUAGAGGAGAUCUGCAUGGAGGAAUGGGCCAAAAUACCAGCAACAGUGUGUGGAAACCUUGUGAAGACUUACAGAAAACGUUUGACCUGUGUCAUUGCCAACAAAGGGUAUAUAACAAAGUAUUGAGAAACUUUUGUUAUUGACCAAAUACUUAUUUUCCACCAUAAUUUGCAAAUAAAUUCAUUAAAAAUCCUACAAUGUGAUUUUCUGGAGAAAAAAAAUCUCAAUUUGUCUGUCAUAGUUGACGUGUACCUAUGAUGAAAAUUACAGGCCUCUCUCAUCUUUUUAAGUGGGAGAACUUGCACAAUUGGUGGCUGACUAAAUACUUUUUUUCCCCCAUUGUACAUAUGUGUGUGUUUACAUUUACAUGUGUACGUGUGUGUUGCAGGUCUGUCAGGUGAUCAGGCGGACCUGGAUCGUCGUAGCAAGUCAUUUGGUCAGAACUUCAUCCCUCCUAAACAGCCCAAGACCUUCCUGGAGCUGGUCUGGGAAGCUCUUCAAGUAUGUUGAUAUGAAUAAGUGUACUGAACGCAGGUGCUUCCACACAGGUUGAGUUCAUUAAGCAUUUAACAUCCCAUCAUGCUUAGGAUCAUGCUGAGCAGGCCACUAGGGCUAUGCCCCCAUUGGACAAUAAUGUCCCCAUCCACAGGGCAUGAGAGUGGUCACUGAAUUGUUAGAUGAGCACGAAAACGAUGUUAAAGGUGCAAUAUGCAGAAAGACCUCCUACAUUUCCUGGUUGCUAAAAUUCUAAUAGUUUGCCUAAUUUCCGUUUAUGUGACAAAACAAGAGGUCAUAGUGUAGAGAAUCAUUGGACCACCUAAAUCACUGUGAAAUAUACUUUCCAUAACCAAAAAUAUUUGGUUAACAAAACAGAAAGUAAAAGACAGGAAAAACUAAACUUAAGAAAGGGAAGCAUAGAAAUAACGCACAUAGAACAGAUCUACCGCUUCUUAGACUUGCUUUCAAUGAGAAUGACAGAUAGAUAACUCACAUUUCUAUGUGAAUUUGGUCGGGACGCCCAAAAAGUUACAUAUUGCAGCUUUAAACCAUAUGCCAUGGCCAUCUCAGUCACCAGAUCUCAACCCAAUUGAACACUUAUGAGAGAUUCUGGAGCGGCGCCUGAGACAGCGUUUUCCACCACCAUUAAUUAACAAAACAACAAAUGAUGGAAUUUCUCGUGGAAGAAUGUUGCCGCAUCCCUCCAAUAGAGUUCCAGACACUUAUAUAAUCUAUGCCGAGGUGCGUUGAAGCUGUUCUGGUGGCUCGUAGUGGCCCAAAAAAACAAUUCAAACAUUUUAUGUUGGUGUUUCCUUUAUUUUGGCAGUUACAUGUAGAUUGGUUUAUUGAAAUAUGGAUUGAUUCAUUGCUUUACAGGACGUCACUCUGAUCAUCCUGGAGGUGGCGGCCAUCAUCUCCCUGGGCCUGUCCUUCUACCAACCCCCCGGAGAUGACACUGAGGGUACGACCUGGGAUGGAUGUCUGUCUGUCCGGUGUGUCUGUCUGGAUGGUUGACUGGUUGGCUGACAGACAGACAGACAGGCAGGCAGGCAGUUAGACACACUCCCUUCCGUAUUUAUUUGGAGAGUGAAGCUAAAACGUUUAAUUUGGCGAUUUACUCCAGCAUUUUGGAUUUGAGAUGAAAUGUUUUAUAUGAGGCGACAGUACAGAAUAUCACCUUUUAUUUGAGGGUAUUUUCAUGUAUCUAGUCCCCCCAUUUGAAGGUGUCAUCAGUAUUUGGACAAAUUCACUUAUAAUGUAUUAAAGUAUUAAUAUUUUGUUCCCAUAUUCCACCCAAUGAUUACAUCAAAUUUGUUACUCUACAAACUUGUUGGAUGCAUUUACAGUUUUGUUUUGGUUAUGUUUCGGAUGGUGUUGUAUCCAAUAGAAAUGAGCGGUAAAUCAUGAAUUGUGUCAUUUUGGAGUCACUUUCAGGGCUCUAUUUUCGGCUGGCGCUAAGGAGGCCCAAGUGUCCCAUUUUGUCCUGAUAAAACUGGCUGCCGUUUUCCACCCUAACGCCAGCGGGAAUGUACCUGUCUAACAUUAGCUAGCUCGAAACUAUUCAGUCAUAUAAUGUCAUAUGAAAGGCAGAUUAUUUUUAGAAUCUACCUCGCACAUAGGCAACGAUACAAUGGACGACCCUAGUAUUUUGUAUAGACUUGCGAAUGUUCUGCGUUAAGACAUGGAACGAGAGAAGAGAUGUAUGAUAUCAUGCUUCUGACACGAUCCUAAUUAGAAAUAUUGUUGUUUUAAAAAACGGAUUGAUUUUUUUUUCAUUUAAUUUGAUUUAAAUCCAAACGUAAUAGAAAUAUUCACCAUCCAUGGGUUUACGGUGAGAACGUACAUGGCUUUAAUGCAAUGCAAUUUCGUCUGCUAUUUCUGAAGAAGUGAAAAUGUGAUCUGUACGAUGGUUCCAUGAUGUUUAUAAAACAUAACAUUUGCGAGCAGUAUAACGGUGAGUGGACAUACCCCCUUUCUCUUUAUAUUGGAUCUUUAUCCAGCUCCUUCGGAAAGUUUGGAUGUGCGUAAAACCCUCCAUAGUCUAAGUUGCCUUGUCUGUAUUAUACCCCCACGGGGAGCAACUAUGGUGCCUGUAACUGUAUAUAGACAUAGCCUAUUUAAAACAAUUGGUUAUUUCGUUUUUAUUAGAAUUUGGUUAGAAUUAUACACUGUCUUUUUGGGCCUUAUCAAUAACCUAGUGAAUUUAAUGUUGCUUAUUGACUACGUUUGGCACGUCCACAGACUGCCAAAUGAAUUUACAGUAGGCCCAGCCCUUAUGCUAUAGCCGAUGUUUAACAAGGUAUUUCCAUAUUGAAGCAAUGCAAUUAGAACAAUGUGGACUGCAAACAUGUUCAAAAUAUUUAGCAAAUAUGGUGCAGGCUAUUUAAUGAACACCCCCAAAACUAUAAAGCGACAGCAGCGCAAAGAUUUACCAUUGUGUUAGGUGUAUUAAAAUAGAGCCAAUAUUGUAAAUAAGAAUAGAAUGUGUUUCUAAACACUCCUACUUUAAUGUAAAUGCUGCCAUGGUUACAGAUAGUCCUGAAUGAAUCGUGAAUAGUGAUGAGAACAUAGGAACAGAUAACACCCCCCCCCCCCCCCCAAGACGUGAUAACCUCUCACUAUUACCAAUAACAGGGGACGUUAGCAUUUUGGGGGGAUACGAUAAUAAUAAUUCACGAUGUAUUCAUGAUUAUCCGUAACCAUGGUAGCAUUCACAUUAAAGUAGAAGUGUUUAGAAAGAUAUUCUUAUUUACAAUAAAAGGGACUCCAAAAUGACACACUACUUUAUUUACCUUUCAUUUCUAUUGGGCACAAAAUAAUCUGAAACAAGACCAAAACAAACAGCAAAUGCAUCCAACAAGUUUGUCAAAUCAAGUCACAAGCUUGAUGUAGUCAUUGUGUGCUAUGCAUAUGGGACCAAAAUACAAAAAUGUUGACUACUUUAAUACAUUAUAAGUGAAUUUGUCCAAAUACUUUGAGAAUGUUUGCUACAGCAGGAAAUUUGCAAUUUUAUGUGGAUUACAAUUAAUGGACAUUUUUGUAGGGUUUGAUACAUUUUUCGUAAGGGAAAAUCAAGUCUGAAAUUUCAAACUUCAGAAGCCUUUUUAAACUUCAAAUACACUACAAGUUUUUGAUGUACUGCACUGCAGGAACGUUCUCCUACAACAAGAUCCUCCAUCUGUAUGACACCUUCAAAUAGGGGGACUAGAUGCAUAAAGUGCUUUCAUUUCUAAAUGGUAAACAGAUAUGUAGGAAAAUACCCUCAAAUAAAAGGUGACAUUCUGUACUCUUGCUUCAUAUAAAACAUUUGAUCUCAAAUCCAAAAUGCUGGAGUAAAGAGCCAAAUUAAACAUUUUUCAAAUAAAUACAUAGGGGAGGGUUGAUAGAUAGCUAGCUAUAUAGAUGGAUAAUGGUGUGUUUCUCCCCAGCGUGUGGUAACGUGUCGGGAGGGGCGGAGGAUGAGGGCGAGGCUGAAGCCGGGUGGAUUGAGGGCGCCGCCAUCUUGCUGUCCGUCGUCUGUGUGGUCCUGGUGACGGCCUUCAAUGAUUGGUCUAAAGAGAAACAGUUCCGUGGGCUACAGAGCAGGAUAGAACAGGAGCAGCGCUUCGCUGUAGUACGGAAAGGAAACGUCAUCCAGAUACCCGUAGCUGACAUGGUGGUGGGGGAUAUGGCUCAGGUCAAAUACGGUAGGUAACCAGGACAAUGAUCUGAAGGUAGAUACUACGGUAGGUAACCAGGACAAUGAUCUGAAGGUAGAUACUACUGUAGGUAACCAGGACAAUGAUCUGAAGGUAGAUACUACGGUAGGUAACCAGGACAAUGAUCUGAAGGUAGAUACUACUGUAGGUAACCAGGACAAUGAUCUGAAGGUAGAUACUACUGUAGGUAACCAGGACAAUGAUCUGAAGGUAGAUACUACUGUAGGUAACCAGGACAAUGAUCUGAAGGUAGAUACUACUGUAGGUAACCAGGACAAUGAUCUGAAGGUAGAUACUACUGUAGGUAACCAGGACAAUGAUCUGAAGGUAGAUACUACUGUAGGUAACCAGGACAAUGAUCUGAAGGUAGAUACUACGGUAGGUAACCAGGACAAUGGUCUGAAGGUAGAUACUACUGUAGGUAACCAGGACAAUGAUCUGAAGGUAGAUACUACUGUAGGUAACCAGGACAAUGAUCUGAAGGUAGAUACUACGGUAGGUAACCAGGACAAUGAUCUGAAGGUAGAUACUACUGUAGGUAACCAGGACAAUGAUCUGAAGGUAGAUACUACUGUAGGUAACCAGGACAAUGAUCUGAAGGUAGAUACUACUGUAGGUAACCAGGACAAUGAUCUGAAGGUAGAUACUACUGUAGGUAACCAGGACAAUGAUCUGAAGGUAGAUUCUACGGUAGGUAACCAGGACAAUGGUCUGAAGGUAGAUUCUACGGUAGGUAACCAGGACAAUAGUAUUAUGCUGUAUGUAUGCUGUAUAUUGUAUCUAUAGGAGUAUAUCUACAUGUAUAAUAUUGUAUGUUAUCUCUAGGGGACCUGUUACCAGCGGAUAGUAUCCUGAUCCAAGGAAAUGACCUGAAGAUAGAUUAUAUGUUAUAUAUUGAUUUCCCUGUUGCAGGACAACAUUCCUGCAAUGCAGGAAAUGUAAAACGUGUAGUGUACUUGAGGUUUAAAAACGCUUUUUGAACUUUGAAAUUUCAGACUUCAUUUUCCCUUAUGAAAAAUGUAUCAAUCCCUACCAAAAAUUCAAUUUAUUUACAAUCCACAUAAUAAUUCACAUUUCCUGUUGAUGCAGGAUUAUUUUCCUGCUGUAGCAAACUGGCUCAAAUUAAGAUCCUACAUCUGUAUCUAUAUGUAUAACAGUAUACAGUGCCUUCGGAAAGUAUUCAGACCCCUUGACUUUUCCACAUUUUGUUACGUUACAGCCUUGUUCUAAAAUUGAUUAAAUAAAUAGAAAUCCUCAGCAAACUACAGUCGUGGUCAAAAGUUUUGAGAAUGACACAAAUAUUAGUUUUCACAAAGUCUGCUGCCUCAGUUGUUAUGAUGGCAAUUUGCAUAUACUCCAGAAUGUUAUGAAGAGUGAUCAGAUGAAUUGCAAUUAAUUGCAAAGUCCCUCUUUGCCAUGAAAAUGAACUUAAUCCCAAAAAACAUUUCCACUGCAUUUCAGCCCUGCCACAAAAGGACCAGCUGACAUCAUGUCAGUGAUUCUCUCGUUAACACAGGUGAGACUGUUGACGAGGACAAGGCUGGAGAUCACUCUGUCAUGCUGAUUGAGUUAGAAUAACAGACUGGAAGCUUUAAAAGGAGGGUGAUGCUUGAAAUCAUUGUUCUUCCUCUGUUAACCAUGGUUACCUGCAAGGAAACACGUGCCGUCAUCAUUGCUUUGCACAAAAAGGGCUUCACAGGCAAGGAUUUUGCUACUAGUAAGAUUGCACCUAAAUCAACCAUUUAUCGGAUCAUCAAGAACUUCAAGGAGAGAGGUUCAAUUGUUGUGAAGAAGGCUUCAGGGCACCCAAGAAAGUCCAGCAAGCGCCAGGACCGUCUCUUAAAGUUGAUUAGCCUAGCCAGGAUUGAGAUAAAGAUGAACGGAGCAAAGUACAGAGAGAUCCUUGAUGAAAACCUGCUCCAGAGCACUCAGGACCUCAGACUGGGGCGAAGGUUCACCUUCCAACAGGACAAUGACCCUAAGCACACAGCCAAGACAACGCAGGAGUGGCUUCGGGACAAGUCUCUAAAUGUCCUUGAGUGACCCAGCCAGAGCCCGGACUUCAACCCGAUCGAACAUCUCUGGAGAGACCUGAAAAUAGCUGUACAGCAACGCUCCCCAUCCAACCUGACAGAGCUUGAGAGGAUCUGCAGAGAAGAAUGGGAGAAACUCCCCAAAUACAGGUGUGCCAAGCUUGUAGCAUCAUACCCAAGAAGACUCGAUGCUGUAAUCAAGGCUAAAGGUGCUUAAAGUACUGAGUAAAGGGUCUGAAUACUUAUGAAAACGUGAUAUUUCCAUUUCUUUUAUAAAUUAGCAAAAAUUUAUAAAAACCAGUUUUUGGUUUGUCAUUGAUGAGGGAAAAAAACGAUGUGAUCAAUUUUAGAAUAAGGCUGUAACGUAACAAAAUGUGGAAAAAGUCAAGGGGUCUGAAUACUUUCGGAAGGCACUGUAUAUUGUAUGCUUUCUCUAGGUGACCUGUUGCCAGCGGAUGGUAUCCUGAUCCAGGGAAAUGACCUGAAGAUAGAUGAGAGCUCUCUGACUGGGGAAUCGGACCACGUUGGGAAGACCGUGGACAAGGACCCUAUGCUUCUCUCUGGUGGGUGUGUCUGUGUGUUUCAACUUUUAAUGGCACCAGUCCAGUGAAAUACCUUUCUUAGCAGCUCUAACCCCAACAAUGCAGUAAUCAAUAACAAUGUAAUACUAAAAAUAACAAGGUAGAACAAAAACACACAAGUUAUAAAAAUAAGAAAUAAGAAGAACAGGAUAAAGUAAGUUCCAUAUUAACAAUGUGCAGGAUACUGGAUCGAUAGAGGUAGAUGUAUAUGGGUAAGGUGACUUGGCAUCAGGAUAUAUGAUAAACAGAGUAGCAGCAGCUUGUACAGUGGGGAAAAAAAGUAUUUAGUCAGCCACCAAUUGUGCAAGUUCUCCCACUUAAAAAGAUGAGAGAGGCCUGUAAUUUUCAUCAUAGGUACACAUCAAUUAUGACAGACAAAUUGAGAUUUUUUUUCUCCAGAAAAUCACAUUGUAGGAUUUUUAGUGAAUUUAUUUGCAAAUUAUGGUGGAAAAUAAGUAUUUGGUCACCUACAAACAAGCAAGAUUUCUGGCUCUCACAGACCUUUAAAAGGUUCCUCUGUCCUCCACUCAUUACCUGUAUUAAUGGCACCUGUUUGAACUUGUUAUCAGUAUAAAAGACACCUGUCCACAACCUCAAACAGUCACACUCCAAACUCCACUAUGACCAAGACCAAAGAGCUGUCAAAGGACACCAGAAACAAAAUUGUAGACCUGCACCAGGCUGGGAAGACUGAAUCUGCACUAGGUAAGCAGCUUGGUUUGAAGAAAUCAACUGUGGGAGCAAUUAUUAGGAAAUGGAAGACAUACAAGACCACUGAUAAUCUCCCUCGAUCUGGGGCUCCACGCAAGAUCUCACCCCGUGGGGUCAAAAUGAUCACAAGAACGGUGAGCAAAAAUCCCAGAAUCACACGGGGGGACCUAGUGAAUGACCUGCAGAGAGCUGGGACCAAAGUAACAAAGCCUACCAUCAGUAACACACUACGCCGCCAGGGACUCAAAUCCUGCAGUGCCAGACGUGUCCCCCUGCUUAAGCCAGUACAUGUCCAGGCCCGUCUGAAGUUUGCUAGAGUGCAUUUGGAUGAUCCAGAAGAGGAUUGGGAGAAUGUCAUAUGGUCAGAUGAAACCAAAAUAUAACUUUUUGGUAAAAACUCAACUCGUCGUGUUUGGAGGACAAAGAAUGCUGAGUUGCAUCCAAAGAACACCAUACUUACUGUGAAGCAUGGGGGUGGAAACAUCAUGCUUUGGGGUUGUUUUUCUGCAAAGGGACCAGGACGACUGAUCCGUGUAAAGGAAAGAAUGAAUGGGGCCAUGUAUCGUGAGAUUUUGAGUGAAAACCUCCUUCCAUCAGCAAGGGCAUUGAAGAUGAAACGUGGCUGGGUCUUUCAGCAUGACAAUGAUCCCAAACACACUGCCCGGGCAACGAAGGAGUGGCUUCGUAAGAAGCAUUUCAAGGUCCUGGAGUGGCCUAGCCAGUCUCCAGAUCUCAACCCCAUAGAAAAUCUUUGGAGGGAGUUGAAAGUCUGUGUUGCCCAGCGACAGCCCCAAAACAUCACUGCUCUAGAGGAGAUCUGCAUGGAGGAAUGGGCCAAAAUACCAGCAACAGUCUGUGAAAACCUUGUGAAGACUUACAGAAAAUGUUUGACCUGUGUCAUUGCCAACAAAGGGUAUAUAACAAAGUAUUGAGAAACUUUUGUUAUUGACCAAAUACUUAUUUUCCACCAUAAUUUGCAAAUAAAUUCAUUAAAAAUCCUACAAUGUGAUUUUCUGGAUUUUUUUCUCUCAUUUUGUCUGUCAUAAUUGACAUGUACCUAUGAUGAAAAUUUCAAGCCUCUCUCAUCUUUUUAAGUGGGAGAACUUGCACAAUUGGUGGCUGACUAAAUACUUUUUUUCCCCCACUGUAUGUGAGUGUGUGUGUGGGUGUGUAGAGUCAGUAUAAAUAUAUGUGGUCCUCUGUAGCUCAGCUGGUAGAGCACGGCGCUUGUAACGCCAGGGUAGUGGGUUCGAUCCCCGGGACCACCCAUACACAAAAAUGUAUGCACGCAUGACUGUAAGUCGCUUUGGAUAAAAGCGUCUGCUAAAUGGCAUAUUAUUUAUUAUAUUAUAUUAUUGAGUGCAAUUGAGAUUGCGUCGUGUAUGGAUCUGUUGGGUUGGUAUGCAAAUUGGAGUGAGUCUAGGGUUUCUGGGAUGAUGGAGUUGAUGUGAGCCAUGACAAGCCUUUCAAAGCACUUCAUGAUUACAGAUGUGAGUGCUGCAGGGCAGUUGUCAUUGUGGCAUGAAGCCUUAGAGUUCUUAGGAACAGGAAUGAUGGUGGUCAUCUUAAAACAUGUGGUGAUUACAGACUGGAACAAGGAGAGGUUGAACAUUACCCUGAAUAUACCUGCCAGCUGUUCUGCACAUGCUCUGAGAACGCGCCCUGGAAUACCAUCGGGCCCCGCGGCCUUGCCGGUGUUGACCUGAUUAAAGACUCACGUCGGCCUCGGAGAGGGAGAUCACCCAGUCCUCUGGGUCAGUGGCGGCCCUCGGGUGAACAAUGGGUCGAGACUUCCACCGCGCUGGAGUCAGCAGACCAGUUGUUGUUGAUGAAGAGGAAACCCCCCCCCCCCCGGCACAGUGAAAGCAGAAUCCUUCGAGUUGGAUAGCCAUGGGGGGUAUUUUGUCUGAGAGCCAUGUUUCAGAAAAGCAGAGAAUAUUGCAGUUUCAAGAGUCCCGUUGGUAGCAAAUCCGCGAUAGGAGGUCAUCCAUCUUAUUAUCAAGAGUCUGUACAUUGGCCAGUAGAAUGGAGGGAAGAGGUGGCCGGCUCUCCCUUUGCCUUAACCUCUCCAGGAUCCCCCCUCUCCCUUCGCCUUAACCUCUCCAGGAUCCCCCCUCUCCCUUCGCCUUAACCUCUCCAGGAUCCCCCCUCUCGCCUCAACCUCUCCAGGAUCCCCCCUCUCGCCUUAACCUCUCCAGGAUCCCCCCUCUCGCCUUAACCUCUCCAGGAUCCCCCCUCUCGCCUUAACCUCUCCAGGAUCCCCCCUUAACCUCCUCUCCAGGAUCCCCCCUCUCGCCUUAACCUCUCCAGGAUCCCCCCUCUCGCCUUAACCUCUCCAGGAUCCCCCCUCUCGCCUUAACCUCUCCAGGAUCCCCCCUCUCCGCCUUAACCUCUCCAGGAUCCCCCCUCUCGCCUUAACCUCUCCAGGAUCCCCCCUCUCGCCUUAACCUCUCCAGGAUCCCCCCUCUCGCCUUUAACCUCUCCAGGAUCCCCCCUCUCGCCUUAACCUCUCCAGGAUCCCCCCUCUCGCCUUAACCUCUCCAGGAUCCCCCCUCUCGCCUUAACCUCUCCAGGAUCCCCCCUCUCGCCUUAACCUCUCCAGGAUCCCCCCUCUCGCCUUAACCUCUCCAGGAUCCCCCCUCUCCCUUCGCCUUAACCUCUCCAGGAUCCCCCCUCUCGCCUUAACCUCUCCAGGAUCCCCCCUCUCCCUUCGCCUUAACCUCUCCAGGAUCCCCCCUCUCGCCUUAACCUCUCCAGGAUCCCCCCUCUCUUGCCUCUUUAACAUCGGCGCUUCCUCUUGAGUAGCCCGAAAAAUGGGUCAGAAUUACAGAAAGAGCGCAGGGCAGAUGAGUCGAAGUCGAAGUUGAAGCCGGAAUUAGGGUAAGUAACUGCUGAUCUGAUGUUCAAGAGUGCUUGUCGGUUGUCAGAAAUAAUAGCAGAUACAUUACGUGUAAAUAAAGUAAAAAAUAAAUCACUAAAUAAUCACAAAAUAGUAAAGUUGGGUCAGAGCUUGCAGAACGGCGGCCAUCCAGUACGAUGCCAUCUUAAUGGGUGUCUGUGGGUGGCUGUGUGUCUGUGGGUGGCUGUGUGUCUGUGGGUGGGUGUGUGUCUGUGGGUGGGUGUGUGUCUGUGGGUGGGUGUGUGUCUGUGGGUGGGUGUGUGUCUGUGGGUGGCUGUGUGUCUGUGGGUGGGUGUGUGUCUGUGGGUGGCUGUGUGUCUGUGGGUGGCUGUGUGUCUGUGGGUGGCUGUGUGUCUGUGGGUGGCUGUGUGUCUGUGGGUGGCUGUGUGUCUGUGGGUGGGUGUGUGUCUGUGGGUGGCUGUGUGUCUGUGGGUGUCUGUGGGUGGCUGUGUGUCUGUGGGUGGCUGUGUGUCUGUGGGGUGUCUGUGUUGGUCUGUGGGUGGCUGUGUGUCUGUGGGUGGGUGUGUGUCUGUGGGUGGCUGUGUGUCUGUGGGUGUCUGUGGGUGGCUGUGUGUCUGUGGGUGGCUGUGUGUCUGUGGGUUGCUGUGUGUCUGUUGGGUGGCUGUGUGUCUGUGGGUGGGUGUGUGUCUGUGGGUGGCUGUGUGUCUGUGGGUGGCUGUGUGUCUGUGGGUGUCUGUGGGUGGCUGUGUGUCUGUGGGUGUCUGUGGGUGGCUGUGUGUCUUUGGGUGUGUGUCUGUGGGUGUGUCUGUGGGUGGGUGUGUCUGUGGGUGGGUACAUGAACCUGUGUUUGUGCUUUGUGCACGUGUGUAUAGAAUUGAUCAUGUCUGUGUGUUUGUCUCUCUAUAGGAACCCAUGUGUAUAGAACUGAUCAUGUCUGUGUGUUUGUCUCUCUAUAGGAACCCAUGUGUAUAGAAUUGAUCAUGUCUGUGUGUUUGUCUCUCUAUAGGAACCCAUGUGUAUAGAACUGAUCAUGUCUGUGUGUUUGUCUCUCUAUAGGAACCCAUGUGUAUAGAAUUGAUCAUGUCUGUGUGUUUGUCUCUCUAUAGGAACCCAUGUGUAUAGAACUGAUCAUGUCUGUGUGUUUUGUCUCUCUAUAGGAACCCAUGUGUAUAGAAUUGAUCAUGUCUGUGUGUUUGUCUCUCUAUAGGAACCCAUGUGUAUAGAACUUGAUCAUGUCUGUGUGUUUGUCUCUCUAUAGGAACCCAUGUGUAUAGAAUUGAUCAUGUCUGUGUGUUUGUCUCUCUAUAGGAACCCAUGUGUAUAGAAUUGAUCAUGUCUGUGUGUUUGUCUCUCUAUAGGAACCCAUGUGUAUAGAACUGAUCAUGUCUGUGUGUUUGUCUCUCUAUAGGAACCCAUGUGUAUAGAACUGAUCAUGUCUGUGUGUUUGUCUCUCUAUAGGAACCCAUGUGUAUAGAAUUGAUCAUGUCUGUGUGUUUGUCUCUCUAUAGGAACCCAUGUGUAUAGAACUGAUCAUGUCUGUGUGUUUGUCUCUCUAUAGGAACCCAUGUGUAUAGAACUGAUCAUGUCUGUGUGUUUGUCUCUCUAUAGGAACCCAUGUGAUGGAGGGUUCAGGCAGAAUGCUGGUGACAGCUGUGGGGGUCAACUCUCAGACUGGCAUCAUCUUUACACUGCUGGGGGCCGGUGAGGAGGAGGAGGAGGAGGAGGAGGAUGACAAGAAGAAGAAGGGUAAGAUCGAGCUAACAACUGCAUAGUAUUUAAGGUAAUUUGUAGCAAACAUUGAUUGAUUGAUUGAUUGAUUAAUUAUCUCUCUCAGGGAAGCAGCCCGAAGUGGUGGUGGAGAACAACCAGAAUAAAGGUAACCAAUCACAGACAGCCAGGGGUCAGGGGUCAGGGGUCAGGUUGGGCUUACUUUGAAACUCCUGUGUUGUGUUCUCCAGCCAAGAAGCAGGACGAGGGUGUAGCCAUGGAGAUGCAGCCUCUGAAGAGCGCAGAGGGGGGAGAAGUGGAGAAGAAGAGAGCCAACAUACCAAAGAAAGAGAAGAGUGUUCUACAGGGUAAACUCACCAAACUGGCCGUGCAGAUCGGGAAAGCAGGUAGAUGUUCUCUAACUGUGUUUUAUUCUGUUAGGCCAUACAAAUUUAAUUUAUAACAGAUGAGCUUCACUAUUCUCCUUUUUUUUUUUUACUGACUUCUGCGGUGUUUUGUUCAUAUAGUGAUCACUCUCCCAUGCUGAUGACCAAACCGCCUCAGAUCACCCGCUUUGGGCCUCCGACUGGACAGUGACACACACACACACACUUGGGACCUGCGUGCACAGAUGUUUAGUUUCUCCAGCAUGGCUUUGGUCGGCCCAAAUUCAUAUUAUUUAUGAUCCAGUUUAAACAAAUUCAUAUUAUUUACGUUAUUUGCAAACAGUCGGUUAAAUUAAUUUUCUGACCUAUUUGAAGCAGUUCAUACCCGAAACAUCAUGUCAUUGAACCAAACGACUGGCCAGAGAUCAGGGCAUUCAUCAGCAAAGACACAGCAAAAGAUGAUAGCGUUUUGGGCAACAAAUUUAAGUCAAAAAAAGUGAUGACGUUAAAGAAUUUCAGCUGUAUGGUGAUUUGUGAUUCAUAACUUACAUUUGACCGGUAGCCUACGGCCUGCAGUAGGCAGACAGACAACACCAAGGCGGAAUGUGUUUGAAGUUCUCGUGCACCGCCAAGAACAGCCCGCCAUAUCCUGCAGAAUGCGUCGCCGCCAUUGCAUUGCACACACUUUGCACAGAUCAGGAGCUCCACAAUGACGUGGUCGACCGUCUCUGA